AUGCGACGUUUAGUCGCACUGCCGUUACUCAUAUUGGCCUUCUGUAUUCUCGAUACACAAGCAGUCAAGAUCAUAGAUAACGGCCUCGCGCCCCCCGAAAUCGUCCACACGCCCGUCUCGACCAAACGUAAGCUACGGUCCGGGGCUGAAAAUGUUCAAAGCAUACUUUCAGCCAGAUGCAAAGUCUUCGCGCCGCCCCUCGACUUGGUGUUCAUUUUGGAUUCUUCGGGCUCGCUCAGAGAAAAGUUCCAAGUAAAAACGAACAAAUUGGAAAUGAAAAGGAAUGAAUAUCAUUUUAGGAUGAAAUUGACAUCAUCAGAAGAAUCAUCAAACACGUGACGAUCGGGAAAACUGCGACCAGAGUGAUGCUUAUUCAGUUCAGGUAACUAAACAUUUCAAUUACUGUGAUGCAUUUGAUUAUUGAAGUGGUACCCAACAUCUUGAAUUCAACUUUGAAAAGUUCACCGACCGGGAAGAGCUCCAGGCUGCUCUGGACGUGCUCAGACACGUGUCCGGCAUAACCAGGAUCGGCGGAGCAUUCGAAUUCGCUUUGCAGAAGUUGAAGAAUCCGGAAAAUGUCAGUCAAACUAGUGGAAAAUGGUAGAAAUGAGUGAUUGCAGGGAAUGAGGGACAGCACGGUUCCGAAGAUUGUCUAUUUGCUUUCCGAUGGACGCACCCACGACUACCCGAAAGACUGGCAAAUGUCGGACAUUCUCAGAAGGUUCCGAUCCUUUCCCUUCCUCUGAUAUCAGUUGACUUUUCCAGAGAAAUCCCAAACGUCGACAUUUGGGCGUAUGGAACUGGAGACUACGUUGCCAUGACCGCGUUGGCGAACUACACGCAAUCGGAACAGAAAAUAGUGACCAAUCUGAACCUGCAGAAGUUGGAGCCGCAGUUCGAACGGUACAGAGGAACCGAGAUUUGCGAGCAGCAACCAGGUACCUACGAAUGAAAGUAAAACUGCGCUUCAUUGAACUUUUCAGCGUGUGUGAAAGGAUCCGACAAACCGCUCGACUUGGCCCUCGUGGUCGACGCCUCCGAAUCCCUCGAUCAUCUGUUCAGUGAUCAGAAGAAGUUCCUCGUGGAAAGAGUUCUGGGCAACAUCAACAUCCACCCAGAAGCUGUUCGUGUCGCACUCAUAACCUAUUCGGGACAAUCGUUCGUCCACUUCAAAUUCAAUUCAUUCCUUUACGGAAACAACACUUCCGUGCAGGGAUUCGUAAAGAAUAUCAGGUCUAUCAAGGGAACGACGGCUACGAACGUGGCUCUCAUGGAUGCGUUCGAUCUUCUCACUUCGAAGGAUCCAUCGACCGGAAUCAGAGAAGGCGUGCCGAAAAUGGCUUUGGUGCUGACCGAUGGACACUCUCACAAGUGGGUCUCACACAAAACUAUUCAAUUGAAUUCUUUGCUUUCCAGGUCUCCAAAAGACAUUUCCGAAAAGAUGCGUGCUUCUGGAAUCAUCAUGGUCGCCGUCAGUGUGACUCCCCGUCCAUUGGUCGAUGAGGCCGAACUUCAAUUGAUCGCAGGAGACCACAAGAGAGCAUUCACGCCGCCUAAUUUACAUGUAAUAUCUCUGUGAUACCCAAUUACUCAAACUUCCCCAUUUUUCAGGAUUUCGAAGCGGAAUUCAUGAAGUACGUGGGAUUCGGCUGCGACGGAAUCGAGCUGCCACCAGAUGCGAAGCCGCAAGUCCGCGGAGCCACGGACGUGAAGUGCACGGAGCACUCGAUGAGCAUCGUCGUCCGGACGCAACGGGCUCUUCAGGGACUCAUGUACGCCCACAAUUACCACGACGAACCGGAGUGCAUGAUCAGAAAGACGGACAACAGCCGCGAAAUUCAGAUGACGUUCACGGAGGGAACUUGCGGACUUGUGAAGACUCCAUCCGCGGUUUGUGUUGGACUAUUCUUUCAGUUUAAGAGUUCAAAUUAUUCAGGAUGGCCAUGGCUACCACUUCAACAUUACCGUAAUCCUCCAAUUCCAUCCUCUGAUCAUCACUCGAGCCGAUCAAGGACUCGACAUCUCUUGUUUCGUUCCGUCCGUUGUUCCUCGUCAAGAGUUGGAUCAGGCUGUGUUCAAGAACGCCGCCGACACUCAGUGUGUCUACAGACUCCAUAGGUACAGUAUCCCGUGUGCACAGCUACCGUAACCCUCGCCGAUUUUGCAGAUACAGUCCCGGACAGUGCGUGGCUCUGGAUGCGAAGGUCGGAGAGACUCUCUAUCACCGAUGGGAAUGCGAUUGCCGUUUGUUGAUUCUGAUCAAACUUUCCUCUCCCUCAAUUUAAUCAUUUCAGCGCCAGAAUACAACUAUCUCGUUCACGACUGUUUCGUUCAAUCCGAGAAGCACACUCAACAGAUUUUGGACUCAAAUGGGUAAAAUCCAAACUUUUUCGAUUCGCCAAUAAUCAUUGCAUUCAUUCCAGUUGCGAAGUAGAUCAGCACUUCCUGGAGACCCCCAACUACGCCCGAUUCAAAGAGUUCCCGGACGACGCGUACGUCUUCCAGGAGAUGUCCGUUUUCAAAUUCCCGGGAGAUGGAGACCUUCUCUUCCACUGCAAGAUCUCCCUGUGUAACAUGAAGGACCCGAAUGCGACGUGCAAUCAGAAUAUCCCUCCGAAGUGUCCGAAGAAGACGCCGGUGAUCCCGGUGCGUCAGAAGAGAAGUGUGACCGCCGAGCAGAUGAUGUCCGCCGAGUGGAGGAGCAAACAGAUUCGGAAGAGGCAGAUCGAGCUGAAGAACAGAUCGAGAAGACAGAUUGUGGAGACCAAGGCCGGAUAUUAUAUGACUCUUCAUGUCGAGACCAGGUACGCACUUCCCGGACGGGCAAUUCCGAUGCUUCCAUACUUUCAGAACUCUCAACGUCCUGCUCAGCGAGAGCAUCCGUCCACGAGACUCUGUCAAGUACUGCGAUAUCUCCUAA